GUCCCAGGUAAAGGGACGGAAUCCUUGCAAAACACACCUGCGCUUGCCAUGGCGCGUAUGAGACGCUUAAUUUUAUUUCUGGCAAUAACUUGCCAAAUAUGUUACGGAUAUGAAAGAGACAAAACACCAUUCCGUGACAUGGACUGCUUAGAUGGCGGUCCAAUUGGUAUUGGAGUGGAUAGCGGGUCAAGGAUUCCUGAUGGCAAUCUAUGGGCUUCGUCUUCAGCCAGCAAAAUCAGGCUUCCUACUCGGGGAAGGCUCAUGGAAACUGCAGGAUCCUGGACAUCCAAGGUUCAGAACUCUGCACAGUACCUCGGGGUAGAUUUGGGGCGCGACUACUUGCUGACACGGCUCCAGACCCAGGGCAGACAGGGAACUGAUGAAUAUGUUACAGAGUUCAUGCUGUCCUUCUCCGUCGAUCGUACAACAUGGCGGUUCUACUCCAACGAGUUUGGUAUCAGAGAAAUGUUCAUUGGAAACAGCAAUGGAGACAUGGUGAAGACCAACACUCUGAAGUACCCCGUUGUGGCCCGCUAUGUCCGUUUCCAUCCGUCACGCUGGAAUAUGGUCAUCUCCAUGAGAGUGGAAGUUCAAGGCUGUCCCUACACUUCACAGACGGUCCGGUUCGACGGAGGUACAAGCUAUAUCAGUUACGACCUAAGCACGCAGGUUCCUCCACCAAGCAGCGUCGAGGACAACAUUAAACUCCGAUUCAAAACCAACAAACAAGAUGGUGUCAUUAUGUUCGCUGACGGUAACCAAGGCGAUUACAUGUCCCUCGAACUGUCUGGAGGAACACUUCUUUUCCACAUAGAUUUAGGUUCCACUAUGAAAGUUGCUGGGGCCACCAACGAAUUGGGCGGCAACAUGCUUGAUGACAGCCAAUGGCACGACAUCAUUAUACGACGAAAUCGAACAAACAUGAUGCUGAUUGUGGACAGAAUGGAGACACGUUUUGAAACCAAAGGAGCAUUCUACCGACUCAAUGUCGACAAGAAGAUCUUCAUUGGAGGCGUCCCAAGUUUUGACCAGAAAGGUAUAACUGUGAAGACCAACUUCGCAGGUUGUCUGGAAAACGUUGUGUUCAACAGUCUCAAGAUUAUUCGUGACGCGCAGGCAGGACAAAGUGGAUAUCAAAUGGUUGGAUCAGUACCUGACCCCUGGAACUGCAAAUUUACUGCACCCAUCCCCAUGACUUUCUUCACGUUUGACUCGUAUGCUGUGCUGAGAGGAUUUGAUGCAGGUGGUGCCAUUCGUAUCAAGUUUGAUUUCCGUACCCAUGACGAAGAUGGCAUUCUCCUCCACCACGAUAUGGAGGAUGGCGGAUCAAUAAAGGUUAAGCUGGAUGAUAUUGGGUAUGUGACCUACAAACUUAUCACCAAGGACAAUCAGAUCAUCGAGGAUAUGGUUCGUAACACUGCACUUGACGCCAGAUCUGAAGGUUUUGCCGACGGGUUGUGGCACACAUUCCAGCUGCAUGCCAACCAACAGAUGUUGAACAUCACGGUCGAUCGAAAUGCCAAGGUCUCCCGGCGAAGUCUCACCGUAUCGGCUGGUUCUACGUAUUAUCUUGGUGGCUACACACUGGGAAUUAGUUUCCGUGGCUGCAUGAGAUCUAUCGACAUUGACGUCACGCCAGUGAAUAUCAAUGACAUUUCUUCAGCUGACCUGAAGGAUGUGGAGAUCGGGACAUGUGGACUUGUUGACAGGUGUACUCCCAACCCGUGUGAACACGACGGAAUCUGUACACAGGAUUGGAGCAAUUUCAACUGUGACUGCCAGGAGUCUGGCUACACCGGCGAGGUGUGUCACAUCUCAUCCUAUUACCUCUCCUGUGAGAUGUACAAGAUGUACACAAAGAAUGACGGACUCGAGCCAGCUAUAAUUGACCCUGACGGAUCAGGGCCCCUUAAGCCAUUUAAGGUGCAGUGCAACGGCAAAAAUGAGGUGGGCAAACCUGUGGAGACGUGGGUUGGCCACGACAGUGAAGAAGAUAUCCGCGUGGAUGGUUACCAGGCACCCAACUAUUACGUCCGUAAGAUUGGCUACACUGCAGCGUCCAUUGACGAACUGACCGAGGUCAUUGAUCGGGCGGUCAGCUGCCAUCAGACUAUUGACUACAAGUGUAACAACUCUCGGCUCCUGGCCAAACCAAACGAUUCUCCUGAACUGCAUUAUGCUUGGUGGGUGGGGCGGACGUUCCAGCCCAUGUACUACUGGGGAGGGGCAGCCCCAGGGUCGGACAAAUGUUACUGUGGCCUGACUGAGAAGGGCUGCACUGGAGGACUGGCCACCUGUAACUGUGACUCGGGCCUGUCCACCUCGGACAGCGGUCAGCUGGUCCACAAGGAGUACCUUCCAGUCCUGGAGCUUCAUUUUGGUGACACUGGUACAACAACGGACAACAGGCUUGGUUUUCACAAAGUUGGGCCACUCAUCUGCCAGGGAGACAAUCUCCUUGACAACGUGAUUACAUUCCGUAAGGCAGACGCUACCAUCAAGCUGGCUACCUUCGAGGCCGAACCAUCUGGAGAUAUUUGGUUCCAGUUUAAAACGACGGCCAUGGAUGGUGUUAUCAUUCACAACAUUGGAAGUUCACUAGAUGGCAACGCUGACUUCAUCCAAGUUCGACUGUUCAACGGUGACACGAUUGGGUUUAGCUACAACAAUGGAAACGGUAUCAACGUGUUGGAGUAUAAAUCCACCAACGCGCUGAACAACAACUUCUGGCACACCGUACACGUGGAGAGGAACAGGAAGCAGGCAUGGCUCCGCGUCGAUAACUACCCCGAGAAAUACCUCGACGAAGGUCAGGAUGAGGUCACACGUACCCUCGACCUCAUGGGAUUCCUUGUUGUUGGUGCUACAGUGGAAGACAAAAACGGGUUUGUUGGAUGCAUAAGGGGCCUGCGAGUAAACGGUGUGCUCCAGGACCUAAGGGGUCUUGUGGAGCGUGGUGACUUCUACUAUGGUGUGUCGGUCAACUGUAACGGAAAGUGCAACAGCAAUCCAUGCAUGAACGGAGGCACAUGUAUAGAGGGAUAUUCCGGCUACACCUGUGACUGUGCAUACACACCAUGGAGAGGGUGGAUGUGUGGCAGAGAAGUCGGCGUGAAUCUUCAGACCAAUUACCAGGUGAAGUAUACCUUUGACGAAAGCCAGGGAUUAUCAGCCACUGAUUUCAUGAACAUCCGUGUAGGCUUCACCACCAAGAAGAAGCAGGGUAUCCUUCUUCAGCUUCGCGAUGCUGAGAACACGGAAUACGUUUCCCUGGAAAUCAACAACAGUGGUGGCAUAAAAUUUGUGGUUGAUGUUGGUUCUGAACGUUGGGAGCUGAACACCCCUAAUCAUGGAAUAGACUACACCAAUGGGCAGCAGCAUGAGGCCAAGAUGAAGAGAGAGGGCGCAGGAGGCAGAGUCGUCCAUUUACAGGUCGAUAACUAUCCCGAGGCUAUUGACACUCUCGGAGCUUCUCUCAGUGACAGCAUCCUCAACAACCCGAAAUUUCUGUUUGUCGGAAGUAACGACACCAAAAACAGCGCUAAGGGAUUUGAAGGCUGCAUCUACCGUAUGCAGGUUGACAACAUUUAUCCCUUGAAGCGAGCCUUCCAGGAUCCCCGACCAUCAUUUGUAGAACUUAACCCCACAGGGAAGGUACGAGAGGAUAUGUGUGGAUUUGAGGAAGUCACACAGCCCCCAGAUCCAAUUGAGACCCGCCCCAUCGCCGGAGGUCCCUACACAAACAUCACAUUCCCCUACAGCGACGACGGCCUGACCCCCACCGAGAGGGGCGUCAUUGGAGGAGUUGUCGCUUUGAUCUUCCUCAUCAUUAUCAUCCUUGCCAUCAUCGGUUUCAUCUACUUCCGGGAGAAGGGCGAUUACAGCACAAAGGAGGCCAAAGGUCAAGAUCUUGCCGACAACCCCGACACAGCCGUGGUCUACAACCAGACAGGUGUACCAGACAUUGCUAAACGAAGGGAGUGGUUUAUAUAGAUACAUAUCAAUAGUUCAAAUAAAUGUGCUAACAUGUCAACUGUGAAAAAUCAACACUUAGGCAAAAUGUGCUACCUAGACCAAACUACUGCAUUACAUAGCAACAGUUAGGCAAAGUGGGAUAUACCACAAUAGGAGGUUAGCUAAAGUAUCAAUCCGGGUUAGGCAGAAUAAGCUACAAAAUAUGUCAGCAUUUAGACUAAUUGUUCCAGGUUUCAGAAACGUACCUUUAAGUUCAGGAAAUUCCUUAACGCUAGGUCUUGCAAAAGGAAAACUGGGGAAAUCGUAAAUUAAGGAAAUUCCCUUCAGUUAUAUGGAACAGUUGUGAAGCAGACGCCUGUGUUACAUUUCAACAGUUAGGCAAACUAUGCUUCAGGUCUACAUUUAGGCACAGUUAACUAUGCUUCAGGUCUACAUUUAGGCACAGUUAACUUUGCUUCAGGUCUACAUUUAGGCACAGUUAACUUUGCUUCAGGUCUACAUUUAGGCAAGAUGUUUUUGGAUCCGUUGUUAAAUGCAGGAUAAAUUGCAUCAUUACAAUGUAUAAGUUUUGUUUAGUUUCUCAAAGGUCGAAGUGAAUUUUGAAAUGAAGGUAAAAAUAAGGAAAUUUUACGGAACAAUGCUUUGUUUUUUUGUUGGCCAUUAAGUAUAGUAAAAUAUUCCAUUCAUGAUUUUGAAAAUAUUACCGAUUCCACUUUUUUUUUGUCCUGAUAGUCCAAUUGCAUGUAUAAGAAAUCUCAAACCAUACAUUCCAUAUGCCCGCAGUGUGGUAUCUUAAGACAUGAUUGCUUCUCUUGAUAAUGUUUUCCCAUGUUGAUCAACCCAGACUGGAUGAUCUAACUUUAAUUGAUAGGUCUGAUGAAAUCAUUCAAGGAUAAGAGAUGCAAUGUGCUGCCAUUUUAAAUUGUGAUAUCCAUAUUUAUCAAAGAAAACAUAUCAUGAUUGACUCCAUACUGUGUAGUCCUUAGGAAAAAGAUUUUGUAAAAUAAUUUGUAUAUUGUAAAAUAAUGAUUUUGUAUAUUUUGUACAUAUGAAACAUUUUUAUAU